UCCUCGGCGCGACGGCGACGGCGGCGCCCACCGGGGAAGCAGUCGGCGAGGCCCGCUCGACGGUGGCGCCACCCAACCGCGAGCAGAGUAUUGGCACUCUUCGAUGCAUGAAGAAUGAAACUGUGAAAGAAGCCAUGGAAGAACCUCAUUCAGUUAGCAGUCCAAGAAGAAUUCUCAGUCUAUCAAAGAAGAAACGAGCAAGCGUUUCCUUUUCAGAUCCAGAUGAUAAAGCUUCUGGCUUUGGAUUGUCUGGAGAACAUGGUCCCAAACCUUCGGAGGUCUAUGGAUUUGUAGGAUCUAUCACAACUGUUGUGGCUACAGUUAUUUUCUUCACAUGGGCAUACGUUCCUGAGCAUUGGCUACAUGCUGUUGGGAUCUAUUACUAUCCUAGCAGAUAUUGGGCUCUGGCUGUGCCAACUUAUAUCGUCGUGACAGUUGCGUUGGCUUUGGCAUUUUAUAUUGGCCUCAACUUCCUCUCAACCCCUCCUCCAACAUCCUUAAAUACACUUUUUGAUGAGUUUACUAGAGAUCCAUCAACAUUCGGUCCUUUGGGAGAGGGAGAGGGAGACGAAUUGCCCAUAGAACCCAUAUCUGAUAUUCCAAUCAACGAAAUUAAUAGGCUAAUGUUUGAUCUUGUAAAUGACGAUUAGCACGACUCUGCCUCGGAUGUAAUGCUCUUUGUUCAUUUUGCUUGCAAAAACAGAGCAGUCUGAUCAAGAGGAUGGAAGAUUAUUGUGAACCAAUGGUAGUCUUAUUUGGAAA